CGUUCGACCAUAAUCGGGGGUUGACACGGCGCACGUCGAAACUUUCUGGUCCAUCACGUUUCACAUCGUCCGUUCAUUUUGGAAGGGAAACAAUUUCGUUUCUUCAACGUUUAAGAUCGUAAAGUUAAGUCCAUAUGGUGCAAGUAAUCGAAGAAGUGAAGCCGUGCCGCUUCGAGUUCUGCACUGUUAUGAACCGCCCUAUCCAAGUGAAGCCAGCGGACAGUGAGAAUCGUGGAGAUAGAAAACUGUUCGUUGGUAUGCUGAGCAAGCAACAAACUGAAGAGGAUGUUAGACAGCUUUUUGCUCCAUUCGGAACAAUAGAGGAGUGCACGAUUCUUCGAGGACCCGAUGGUGCCAGCAAAGGUUGUGCUUUCGUAAAGUUCAGUUCGCAUCAAGAGGCGCAAGCGGCCAUCAACAGUCUUCAUGGUAGUCAGACUAUGCCGGGCGCUUCCUCUAGUCUCGUGGUGAAGUUUGCUGAUACGGAAAAGGAACGACAGCUCAGGCGCAUGCAGCAAAUGGCAGGCAACAUGAGUCUACUGAACCCGUUCGUCUUCAAUCAAUUCGGGGCAUACGGCGCUUACGCACAGAUCUUAGCAAUUGAGGAACACCAACAAAGUCAGCAGGCGGCUCUUAUGGCGGCCGCGACGGCGCAAGGCACUUACAUCAACCCCAUGGCCGCUUUGGCCACACAAUUACCUCAUGCCACACUCAACGGUAUGGCCAACUCCGUAGUUCCACCUACCUCAGAUUUUGAUGCAGGGGCGGGCACUGGGCAGCCAGUGAACGGUGCCAUCCCAAGCUUGCCUUCGCCGACUAUGCCCACGUUCAACAUGGCGGCCCAAACGCCCAACGGGCAACCCGGAGGCGGCGAGGCCGUUUAUACGAAUGGAAUCCAUCAAACGUAUCCAGCCCAUGCCCUGCAUCUGUCCAUUCCAGCGCAAGGUCUACCCAACGGAGAGGCAGCUUUACAGCACGCAGCAGCGUACCCAGGGAUGCAACCUUUCCCAGGAGUCGGCUUUAAGACUAGCAUGGAGAUGCAUCCCAUAGUUGGGGAGUAUGGGUGUGAUUUGGUUUUAAAUCUGUCUCCAGCAUAUCCGGCGGUAUAUGGACAGUUUCCGCAAGCCAUACCGCAGCCGAUGACAGCCGUGGCGCCUGCACAAAGAGAAGCUGUGGGUAGCUGCAUUUUACCGUUAUCUGUCUCAGGCUGUUCAAUUUCUGGUCCAGAGGGGUGCAAUCUGUUUAUCUACCAUUUACCACAAGAAUUUGGCGAUGCAGAGCUGAUGCAGAUGUUUUUACCAUUCGGAAACGUAAUCAGUUCGAAGGUGUUUAUCGAUCGCGCUACCAAUCAAAGCAAGUGCUUCGGUUUCGUAUCAUUUGAUAAUCCGGCAAGUGCACAAGCGGCGAUUCAAGCGAUGAACGGCUUCCAGAUCGGCAUGAAACGAUUAAAAGUUCAAUUGAAGAGGCCAAAGGAUGCCAACAGACCUUAUUAACCUUGGCGAUACCACGUGGACGGGCUGAUGCCGUUCAUCCAGUGACAAAGAGAUCGUUAAGGAGGGCAAGUCACCAGAAGUACGAAAAAGGCGCCGUUGCCGUAGGCUCGGAUCUCCCAACCCGCCAACAAAAAAAUAAUAAAAAUAAAAUAAAAGAGAAAUGUGCGAGACUUAGCCACCGUCGCGAUGCCCCUACGCGGAAUUCCAAAUGGGCUGUGACUAAUUAACAAAUCAGUGUUUGUUGUACAGGCCGUUUUGUCUUCUCUCGUAUAUAAAAAAGUUUUAAUAGUAAUAAUGAUAACGGUGAAAAUAUCAACUAUUUUGAGAGCUACUCAUAUAUUCGUUGUAAGUCGUUGUGUGUCUAUAAGUAUUAAUAACUGUGACGAAAAAAAAAUUAAUUAUAUACGGGCAUCGAGGCGGAGGUGUAACAUGGUCUAAUUAAUUAAAAGUUGCCAAAUCGUAUUUUAGUGUGGUUUUAGGAUGAUUUUGAUUUGGUGGUGAAGUCGAGGUAACAUAAAAAAAAUUUUCGCGUUACCUCGAUUAUUAAAUAGUGGGUCCGAGCCUUUAAACUACAAUUAACUCCCUCCCGAAUUAACCUGCUCUCCUUGCUUUUACAUUUUACAAUAACGUGUAAAAGUAGUGCCACAUUUGUAUACAUACCAAAGACGAUUCGAUUCAUUUCGAUUGAUUAAGAGGUUUGGUACGAAGAAUUAAACACGCAUUAAAGAAUUAACACUAAAAAUAAUAAUAUAACGUUUCUACUAAAACAAAUUAAAAAAAAAUGAAAUACAGAACGCAUAACAAUUAAGACAUAAUCUUUACAAAGUACCAAUAUAACUAUAAAUACUAUAUACAUAAAGAAAUAUAAUUAUAUAUACAUAUUAAUCUUGUAAUAUAUUACUGAGUAAAUCUCUCUAACGACUAAGUUUUGCUGCGAUGAAUCUCAGGAUGGCCCAAAAGUUAAAAAAAUAAUCUGGGUGCGUCCAACCAGGAAAUAAGAAUAAUAAAUUACUAAUAAUAACAUAUUUAUCGAUUUUAGAACAAUACGUUCGCGAUUUAUGAAUUUUAUUAAAUUAACGUAAGUUUAUAUAUCAAAAAAAAAAACUAAUAAGGAUAAAGAUAAAGCAGUGAGUCGCCAAAAGAGGUAGUUGUUGAACAAGUUGUAGACACGCUUUGUGGACCAGUUAAAACAUGGUCCGGUACAGUCACUAUUAUGGCUGGGCCACUAGUCAAAUUAUAAGCCUGAACAAAAAAAAUACGGCUAACUUAGUUAAAUACAAUUAGAGUUAAUUUAUAGCGACUUAAGACGUACUCUUAGUAACAUAUUUAACUAUUUAAAAAAAUUACAAAAUAUUUAUUAUUAUAAAUUAAAAAAAAAUAAUAUAAACUAUAUUUAUUUUUAAGUUUUAACAAAUUUUUUUUAUUAUGUUAAUUUGACCAGUCAAUUCAGCUACAAAGAGAUUGUGCAAUAUAUUUAUUAAUUAAAAAAAAAAACUAGUAGUACUUAAUUUCUUUAAUAAUUUAAUUAAUUACAAUUAACAAAUUAAUCUGACGACUGAUUCCGUAAAGAAACAAAUAAAUAAAGAACGACAACAAAAUUGUUUCCGUUUUGCAUCGGUGGUUGUACAGAUUUGAAAAAAAUAAAAAGGUGCCGUACAAUUUUAUAUGAAAAGUCGGAAUUUAUCGUAGUUCUAGUCCUUAAAGGUUGAGAAAGCAAAAAAAGGAUGAAAUAAAACGCAACAAAUACUGGGGGAAUUAAAUGUGCAAUGGUUAAAGCGCAACAAGUUGUUUAGAAGGUUCUGUUUUUUUAGGACAAUGGAUUAAUGAAGAUAAUUGUUAAAAAAAAAUUUUAAUUGUUGCAAAAAUUUCUCCAAAUUAAAUUUAAAUUAUGUUUGAAGAUCGAUAUCUCACCAAUAAGGUUUUUUUAUAUUUUGAUACCUUUCAAACACUUUGACUAUACGUCAAAAUCUUGUUUUUUAAAUUUUUUGUGGUUAUUAAGUAUCCUAAGGAUAUUUUUAACUAUUUAGAACCAUUUUGAUUCAUACCAAUGAGCUAUUACUGUAAAUCUAUUAAAUAUGAGUGGAAUCAGUUACAAUUGUAGCGCCUCGCCCGCAAACGACCUUAUCGCCAUCCUUUUUAUCAAUCAAAAUUUUGGAUUAAGACGUAUUUUAUCUCUUCGAUGAAAGAUUACAGCCAAGGUCGCUUGCAGCCGAAGCGCUACAAUCAAGACCAUUUAUGGAUUAUUUAUGAAGAAGCUUAUAAUUGUAGCGCCUCGGCUUUAAUCUCGAAGCUGGUGAAGAUAAAUGAUCGCAACCUUAGUAGACAAAUAUUAAUAAUUUUUGAUGUCCUUGAGGUUGCUUGCGCCCGAGGGGUUGCAUUUAAGACCAUUACAGGCUCUAUACCAAUGAAGGGAAUAUAUUAUUUUUGGUCUUAAUUGAUUAUAGCUGAUGUUUCCUCCUAAUUUAUAUUUACUAGAUAGGAGUAGGGAAGGUUAUAAGUGUAGCUUCUCGGCCGCAAGCGACUUCGGUUUUACUAAUAUAUAAAACAUUUUUAA